CACCAUAUCCUUUCUCUCUCUAUCUCUCUCUCUCUAGUCUCUAUAGCACACACUUUCUCUCUCUAGAACACACCCAAACCCCAAAAGCCAUCUUAUCUAAUUGAUGAUGUAAUCGUAGUCGUAGUAGAAUUGAAUUGAAAAGUUGUGGACCGAUGAGAAAAACGUUGCUUUCCUUCUACUCCAAAACCAAAUGCUCUCCUUCACCUUAAUCAUCAAAUAAAUCCGAAAUUUCCAGAAGAUUAAUAGAUACGCACACCGGCAGCAGCUUCAACUUCAUCCGCCAUUGAAAGCCAAACAAGAUCGCAUCGCAUGGUUUCUUUUGUGGGUGCAAACUGCAAAGUCAUAGGUUCUUCUGAUUGAAGAAAGAGAAAGGUGAACGUCUUUUCUCUGCCGCGGAAAGUGGGAAAGUACCAUUUGGCAGUUCUCUUUUCCUUCCGUCAUUUUCCGUCAGCGGUGCCUUUAUUUUAUUUUUUUUUUCAGUUUUCCGAUUCAACUUUUCCACCUCCACUUGAAUUGCUUUUUGGGUUUGGUUUGGUACAAUCGUUUUCGUUGGAAUAUUUGCUUCUGUUGUGCGUCUUUGAGUUGUUGUUCAUUCUUCAAUUAUUGUGUACUUUGAUGGAGAAACAUGAAGAAAUGGGGGUUGAAUCGUUUCAAUUCGGCGAAGAUGAUAUUCAGAGCCUCAUGUCGGUGGUGCCACCGCCUGAGCCCGGCAAUUCUUUCACGGCUCUCCUUGAACUCCCACCGAACCAGGCUGUCAAGCUCUUACACUCCCCCGAAGAAACCACACCCCCCGCUAUUUUCCCCCCUUCGGUGUUUCCGGCCAUGGAAACCGACAAUUCACUGGAGACGACGAGCUCAAUUCUCCCAAAUUCGAGCCCUAAUUACUGCAAUUUGGUGAAACAAGAACCGAUUGAUUCUGAUUCUCUGCAUAAUUCAUCACCUAUACAGUCAGAUCCGAUUAUCCCGAAAUUAACGAAGCGCAAGGAGCGAGAGAAGAAGGUAAAACCAUCGGUGAAGAAGAUCAAAAACGUCGCAAAUGAGACCGACAGUGAGAAGCUUCCGUACGUUCAUGUCCGUGCUCGGCGAGGUCAAGCAACAGAUAGCCAUAGCUUAGCUGAACGAGCAAGAAGAGAGAAGAUUAAUGCUAGGAUGAAGCUCCUUCAAGAGCUGGUUCCUGGAUGCAACAAGAUUUCAGGUACGGCGAUGGUGCUUGACGAGAUCAUCAAUCAUGUACAAACCCUGCAACGCCAAGUGGAGUUCUUAUCAAUGAGACUGGCUGCAGUGCACCCUUGUAUCGAUAUCAACCUAGACAACAUCUUCUCUGCAGAGAGUGGGUCACUUAUGGACUGUAGUUUUGCUGGCAUGGUUUCACUAGAUGGACAAAUGAAUGGAAACAGCCACAACCACCACCACCACCACCAGCAGUUAUGGCAGCAGCAGCAGCCUGAUGGGAUGCCACUCCAGGGACUGUGGGGUGGGGAAGACCUCCACCUGCACCCUAAUUUCUUGACACCAGAUGACUCCCUUUUAAGUUAUGACUCAUCUGGGAAUUCAGCUUCUUUGCAUACACAGCAGUUGAAAAUGGAGUUGUUGUGAAGAAGAUGGUAGCAAGGAAAGGUUUGGAUUGUAUAUAAUGGAUAGAAGAAGAAGAAGAUAGUGGGUUAAUUUAGAAGAAGCUUAAUUAAGAGUUUAAUCAUUGAUAAUUAGAGGUUUAGAAAUGGAUAUUUAAGAAUGGUAUUAUGCAUAUAAUUAUUAUAUAGUUGCACUAAUUUCUCA